AUGCUGCAUCUCCAAAGUAACCUUUGCCUACCACCGAUUCAUGAGCUUUUAUCCAGCAAGGCGUACUCACAUGAUACAUCUUCCGAAAAAGUGAAGCUUGCACCAUUGCAUAACCACCACAACAACAAUGACGAUGCUGCUACCAAUGUCAUAUCAUCAAAAGAACGAGCAAUCAAAGGAUCGAAUACAUCAUCUCCUCCACCACAACCAAUUCAUCCAUCCUCAAUAUCCGAUACAAAGGAUUACAACUAUCUCCCUUUUAGUAUGGAAAAUCUUGCUCUUUCAUCACCAAGUAUAUCUGUAUGCAAUAGCAACAACAACACCUAUCAACACAGACGUUCAUUUUCGGACACAGCUUUGAUGCAAACUAACAAUGACCCAUUGCGUAUCAUUUAUCGAGUAUCACCAUCACCACCACCAUCAUCAUCAUCAACAUCUACAACUAUGACGCCAACUAUGGGAUUGAAACGGUCGCCAUCGCAACCACAACGUCGAUACAUGUGCCAUUAUUGUGACAAGAGCUUCAUACGGCCGUCCUCUCUUCGAACACACACGUAUUCGCAUACUGGCCAGAAACCUUUUGAAUGUGCCUUUGAAGGGUGUGACAAGCGAUUCAGCGUACUAAGCAACAUGCGUCGUCAUAUGCGUAGGCAUCGUCCAUCCUCAUCCUCUUCUCCUGCCAGCCAAGAGUAG